GGCGGGUGUUGUUUCUUGUUGAUAUGUGAAUUCUUAAUUCAAUUCAAUACCUACAUUAUUAUAAUACGGUUAUAUCAUACACCUUUAUCAGAAUCAUAAUUGAACAAGUGACCAAUAUGGGUGACACGCGUAAAAAGAAGAAGUUUUACUUCAGAAAACGCAGGAAUAAAUAUUUUUUGGAACCCGGCUUUCGCGGAUUCUUCUGCACGUGUAACUUCAGAGAGAAAGAAUGUGUUAAGGAAGUCUACAAUCUGCUGAACGAGUACGCUGGAAAGCUGUACCCAGAUUUAGGGGCUGAUCAAACUCCCGCUGGUUCAGCGCCAGCCACACCCGACCCUAGAUCCGAUAGCGAAUCAGAAGAUGAGCCUGACAUCGGAGAUCUGCUGAAAAAGGAAGUAGAGUCCAUGAAGAAAGACUCUCAAAAAUCUCUCAAGCACAAACGGUUUCAAGUGGUUGAAACUGGUGCAUCAAAUUGUAUUUUCAUUAAGACUAAUCUACCUAGUCCAGAAGAGGUAACCACAGCUAUUAUCAAAGAUUUAUUUACAACAAGGAUACAAAAAACUCGACAUGUUUUACGGUUCCUUCCUGUCAUGGCCACAUGCAAAGCUAAUUUGCCAGACAUAAUGGAGUGUGCCGGGAGGCUAUUUGACAAAUUUUUCUUAAAAGAAUCUGCAACAUUUGCUGUUAUUUUCAAUAAAAGGUUUAACAGCAGUGUUUCUAGAGAUUUAGUCAUCAAGGAACUAGCGGAGAUGGUUGUUAUGAAGAACGCAGAUAAUAAAGCAGAUCUUAAAAAUCCCACUUUAUGUAUUAUUGUGGAGAUCAUAAAAGGCAUAUGUCUGCUAAGUAUUGUGAAGAAUUAUUUCAAAUAUAAGAAAUACAAUGUUCAUGAAUUGACAAAAGAAGAGGUACCCAAUGACUGCGAGGAAACCCAAGCAAAAAAAUUCAAAAGUAGUCCAGUAAUGGAGGAUCAAAGUGUUACUCAUUAAAAAGUUUUUGUAUAUCCUAAGAAUAACUUACAGCUAAUUUUCUAAGUGUCUCAGGACCCCAAUACCCAUUUACCAAAAUUGUUUAUGUCAAAACCUUUUCAAUUAUAAGAAUA